AUGCCCGCCUUGCCGGUCUCCGACAGCGCUGUCUACGUCGGCGACGCGCGGCUGCAGCUUGCACGAGCCUUGCAGGUGGCGCCCGCACGUCUUCAGCUCCUGGGCCCGACGCUGUUGGAGGAUUCCCUUCCUCUUGCCGUUUUGCUGGUGGAUGUCCAGGUCUGGAUUUUGCCUGAUCUCGCUGAAAAUCGGCUCGCAAAGUUGGCCGGUGUUGAGAAAUUCGACGAUCUCCAGGAGAUCGUAGUCGCCUGGCCAAGCAGUGACCUCCAACUCUCCUCGAAGAGUCUUAAGACACUGCCAGAGCGCUUUGGCCUUGUGUGCAGGGUCUUCUUUUUUUUCGUGUUCGAGCCCGCUAAGAAGUUUGAGAACUUCUGCAAGAUGUCGGCCCUGAAGCAAUUGGUCAUCCUUCAAUGCAAUCUGCCAGAUCUCCCGCCCUCCUUCGUGGAGCUUCCGAGCUUGGAGGAGCUCACGAUUGCUGGAAGCCGACUGGCAAGCCUUCCUCAGGAGAUCGGACAGAUGGUCACUUUGAGGUUCUUGCACUUGACGGACAACAGCCUGAAAAAUCUCCCUGAAGGCCUCGGGAUGCUCGGCCGCCUCCGAAAGCUGGAAGCCGACAGGAACCAACUUUUGCAGCUGCCCGGCUCCCUCCUAGACUGCCCCGACCUGGCUGUGCUGAGCCUCUCGAAGAACAUGCUCAAGAACUUCCCUACACCUGCACGACCCUCCAACUUGCAAGUCUUGCAUUUGGAAGGCAACCGCAUGUCGAACCUGCAGUUGGCGUCGAUGCCGUUUCUUCAGGAGGUAUGCAUUGAUGCCAACCCUUUGCGGCCAUCUCUGCCGAACAGCUGCGGCGAGCUUGGCUCGCUGCGACAGCUGGAGGCUACCGGCUGCCUUCUUGAGACUUUGCCUGCGAGCAUCAUGGCUGCAACGUGUCCGCAAGAGUGGAAGAAGGAAUGA